AUGACAUUGGUGAAAAAUGUCCAUGCACUGAUGAAAGACAUGGUGUCCCUUCAACAAAAUCUUGCGUCUUCAGAAAGUGAGAUUUCUUCGCUUAAAGACACAACCACCAGAGAAAUCGCCGAGUUGAAGAAAGAGGUGCGAUCACUAAAGCUGGAAAACAACCGAUUAAGCAACAAACAGACAUUAAGACUGAAGUAUUUGUCUAUUGCGCUUCUGGACCUCCAUAAACACAGUCUGGAAAUCGACAAGAAUAUUCCGAAACUCAUUGACAACAGAUACGAGUUGAUAUCAGGGAGACUUAAUGAUUCUCUGGAGGCUUAUAACACAGAACUGAGAUCAGCCAACGAUAAACUGAGUUUGGCUCUAACUGACCUACAGAAAAGUCAACAGACCAUGACAGAUUCCUUAUCUGAUCAUAUGAACAACACAAUGGAGGACCUACAAUCGGAACUCAAACAGACUCAGUUUGAACAAUUAAAACUCUCGUCUUCUGUGUCAUCUUUAGAGGUGUUCCGACUGAACGUUACCAACAGGGAGUGUG